AUGCACCCACUCCAACAGAACCACAAGGAGUCCAGCCCUCCAUCCCUCAAAAAAGGGCUCGCACUGUUGCAGGAACGGCAAAAGGAGAUCGAAGCGGCCUUCGACACUUUUAAUGUACAAGGCCGGGAAGCUCUUGUGUUAGAUAGCUUCAGGAUAGCAAAAAUCAAAGGUGCCGGCGUGGGCUACCACGAGCUGAAGGCAUCACUGCGCGCUCUGGAUCUACCGGCCAAGCUCCUUGAGGGCAUUGAACCGAAGGCCGAUGUACUGGCAGCCAUGAGGGCGCAUGGGCUCAGCGACGACAGCGUGUUGGACUUCACAUCCUUCUCGCGGAUCCUCUGGAGCAAGUUCAACGAACAGGAUCCCCUCCCGACGAUGCUGAAAACGUUCCGCCUCUUUGACAAGGAGGGCUCCGGCCGAAUAGGGCUCCGAGAUCUGCGCCGAGCAAGCAAGGAGGCAGAGCUGCCUCUGAAGGAAGAGGAGCUGGAGAGAAUGAUCGCGUAUUUCGACCAGAACAGCAGUGGCACGAUUGGAGAGGCAGAGUUUGUUCAAGUAAUGCUUGCAGCCGAUCUGCAGUGA